AUGGCGGGGACGAGAUUGACCAAAUGUUUACUCCCCGGAGUCAGAUCUCGAGCAACAGCGCGAGAGGCAGGCCCAGGGCUCUUGCAAAUGGAUCGAGCAUCGGGCCGCAUUUCAGGAGCCGGAAAAUCUGUGUGCGCGGCGCAUGUCAUUAGACACUUACAGUCCGACAUAAGGCGUCAUCAAUACUGGAUCAUCGAUGCACUUGAUGAAUGCUUUGCUGUCGAACACCGGUUUUUCAAACAGCUAGCGAACCUCGAGUGCGCUUUCGACCUCAGAAUCUUUGUGACCAGCCGUUCGACACCAAAGCUAGAAGGUCACUUCAAGUACCUCAAACAGAAAGUCGACGUAGUGACAGACUCUAUUCAAUACGUUGAUACCCAGGCUGAUAUGAGGCUUUAUCUUGAUUCUCAUCUAGACGAUCUUCCAGUUGACGAUCCUGCUGAGCGCUCGGUGCUGGUGGACAAGAUGCUAACAAAAGCAGACGAUUGCUUCUUAUGGUUGAGCCUUGUAUAUCAGGAGCUUGAGGGGGUAUAUUCGAAGAAGUCGAUUGCCAGAGUGCUCGAUGACAUCCCACAGGGGAUGUCGGAGCUUUACGAACGCUCUUUUCGGACCAUCUGCCAAAAUAAAAAGGAAUCUGAGCUCACUCAAACCCUGUUCAUGUGGUCAUUAUGCAGCACAAGGCCCCUGAAAUUACCAGAACUCCGAGAUGCUUUGGGCAGAUACGGAGAUCAAGAUGUUGGCAAUCUCCGGCGCACUGUUGAAGACCUUUGCGGCGGUUUGCUCCUGGUUGACAAGAAUGACGGCAUCCAGCUAGUCCAUUCUACCACCCGCGAAUUUCUCCUCGGUGCACUAGGUUCUGAGUUUGGUUUCAAGCGCGUAGAAGGUCAUGAGAUGAUUGCGCUAGUAUGCUUGAAAUGCAUGGGCAGAGAAAUGAUUCCCCCAACCAGACGACUUCUAAAGGGGAGUGAAGUCGAGCGAAGAAAAGCCCGGACGGCUUUUUCAAGUUACGCGAGCGUAGCCUUUUCCGAGCACAUUGCCGCAUCUUCCUCGAUAUCCAACAAGCUGCUCAAGCCUAUUUCAGACUUCUUGUCGAAGAACGUUUCUGCUUGGAUUGAGCAUGUCGCUCUGGAACAGCCCUCCUUGUACUGGAUCCGUCUCGUUGCGAAAUUUGGUCGUAACCUGCAAAGCACUCCGAGGUCCAUUUUCAAUUUGAUACCGUCGAUCGCACCGAAACAGUCUCGUUUGUUUCAGCAAACAACCGGUCAGCCUCGAUGGGUUGAAUUGGUUGGUCCAGCGGCUGCUUCUUGGGAUGACUGCAUAUCUAUCAUCGAAUUCCGAGACACCUACGGGCUUUCUCUGGCAUGCAGCGGGAGCGCGUUUGCCAUAGGGAUGAGGAACGGGCUGAUCAAAGUAUACGAUCGAUCCACAUGUCAAGAAAGAUUUUCAGUACGGCACAGAAUCCAUGACGGAGCUUCUAUAAGUGUUGUUGGCCCCAAAAAGGGGCAAGCAACGCCUGUGAGGCUGUUAGCAUUUGAUUCUUCGGAAACAAGGUUCGCCUCCGCAAGUCACCAGUCGGUUUGUCUGUGGUCCAUGAACGCAGAGCUGUUGACCACGUUUCGAAUUUCUGAGUUCCUCGUCACUCUCACAUUUUCGAUUGACCAGAGAGAACUGAUCGGAGUGAGUCGGUCAAGUCGAGUUGUCAGGUGGAAAGUUUAUGAGGAAGACAACAUGCUGUCGGUUGCCGGUUGCCACGCCAGACACCCCGCAACUGGCAACACCGUCCACCAUAACUCAGCUCUUCUUACUAAGUACCCCAUCGCAGCUACCAUUUCCCCUGACCAAUCCUUGCUGGCACUCUUGUAUCGGGGCGAGCCAAUUUACUUAUGCAGCCUUGAGGAUAACACCGUCGUGGGCCAGUGCGGUAGAGAUGUGGGUUCAAAAUUCCCGAACAUCUCCGUGCAAACGGCGCUUUUCAACCCAAACCCAGAUUUAAGAUUACUGGCUAUCGCGUAUCAGGACGGGGAGCUGUCCGUUUACGACGCCUGGGCGCAUAAAGAGCUUAUAAGCGUCGACGGUGACGCGUACUUGCUUGCAUCCACACCGGACGGCCGGACUUUGGGGUCUGGAAACACUCGAGGAUCAAUCAGUCUUUGGGAUUUUGAAACGCUGUCGUUAUUGUACCACAUAAGGAGUGGCAUCGAUGAAGUCAGAACUUUGGCAUUUACUGGAGACGGUCUCCGUGUUGUGGAUAUUCGCGACAACAAAACAAAGGUCUGGGAACCGAUUGCUCUAGUACGCCGAUCAGUGGACGAAGAUGCAGGCGUCAGUGACGCAUCGGCUUUAGAAGGCCCUGUCGUGGGCUAUAAUGAAGAGACUGUGUCGAUCACAGCCGUCUGUUCGGAUGACGUUGGAGACUUUGUCUUCGCAGGACGUAGUGACGGCUCGGUGGUAGUAUACAACGUUCGAACCGGCCUGUUCCACACAGAGCUCUAUGUCCACUCUGGAAAUCUGCUUAUAACAGCAAUUACUUUCCGGAGAGGCGUGAUUGCGACUGCUGAUAUUGGUUGUUGCGUCAUAGUUCGGACAUUGCUGGAAAACAAUAAAGGUGGAAAGCCUUCAGCUAGUCCUGAAAAUGUCAGAGCCCGUUCGACAGCUUCUUUUGAACCCCAACGGAUCUCAUCUCCUCAUAGUAACUGCGACCAUUGA